AGUGGUACAAAAGAUUUGCAUUUUUGGCUUGGGAAUCGACUCUACCAGACAAACUUUUAAGUUUUGCAGGAUAUUGUUGUUUUUUAAACAUGGCACAGUUGUUAAAACUUAAAGAAAAAAUGCAGCAGAUCAAAGAUCAAACAGAUGAUGCCGAGGAACGGGAACUUGGCGCUAAGAGUUUGCUAAAAGAAGCCGAGGCGAAGGAAGAGCAACUUUUAAGUGAAGCAUCUGGUAUUCAAAGGCGAAUCACUUUGCUGAACUCUGAGCUCGAAAAAACAAACGAACGGGUCGAAGAGCAAGAAAAGCUGCUCCAAAAUCUGGUCCAUAAUAGUGAGAUGAAUGAGGAAGCAAGAAAAGGGCUGGAAGAAUCGGAGAUGAAAGGUGAUGAGAAAAUUAUGGAUCUUGAAGCAAAGCUCAAAGAGAUGGAAAGAGUGGAGAAGGAGACCCUCGAAACCCUGACUGAGGCUGAGAGAAAGGAGGUAGUGGUAACAAGAGACCUUGAGAGAGCAAUCGAGAAAGGGAGAACCCUGGAGAACAGAAUCCAGAGCCUAGAAAGCACGAUGGGGAAUGCGUUGACAAAUAUCCAGAAACUCGAGGCGUCCGGUGAUGAGGCGUACGAGAGGGAAGAACUCAAAGAAGAGAAACUUAAGUUUUUCCAAGAGCAGUUGAAACAAUAUGAACAAAGGUACGAAGACGCUGAGAGAGAGGCGUUGAAACUGGAGCGCAUUAACGACACGAUUAUCAUAGAGAUAGACAGCUAUAAGAAAAAGAAGGAGGAGAUUUUGAGGGAAAUGGACCUGGAACUCGUUGAUCUGAACAGAAACCUGGAUAUGUAGACUAUUUCCAUGGUCUCCUAGUAUACUAGAUCUUAGAUCUCUUUCAUGAUCCUGUAAUUUAAAAUAGGUUAAUUUUCAAUUUCCGCUCCCAAGCAAGGGCUUGCUCGAGGGAGCUUUGUCUUUAUCACCUCAUUAUUAUGGACAUGUUCAGGCGAAAGAACUGGGGACCUGGAUAUCCAGACAACAAACCCUUGGUGAAAAUGUCAGUAUCACCUCAUUAUUAUGGACAUGUUCAGGCGAAAGAACUGGGGACCUGGAUAUCCAGACAACAAACCCUUGGUGAAAAUGUCAGUAUCACCUCAUUAUUAUGGACAUGUUCAGGCGAAAGAACUGGGGACCUGGAUAUCCAGACAACAAACCCUUGGUGAAAAUGUCAGUAUCACCUCAUUAUUAUGGACAUGUUCAGGCGAAAGAACUGGGGACCUGGAUAUCCAGACAACAAACCCUUGGUGAAAAUGUCAGUAUCACCUCAUUAUUGUGGACAUGUUCAGGCGAAAGAACUGGGGACCUGGAUAUCCAGACAACAAACCCUUGGUGAAAAUGUCAGUAUCACCUCAUUAUUGUGGACAUGUUCAGGCGAAAGAACUGGGGACCUGGAUAUCCAGACAACAAACCCUUGGUGAAAAUGUCAGUAUCACCUCAUUAUUGUGGACAUACAGCUAUUUCAAAAAACGUUUUCCAAAAGCGUUCAGCAGUAAGCGCCUAUACCGCGGGCUGGUAUGGGUAAUAUGUUGCUCAGAAUGUUUAUUUUAUUUGAAGCCCUCGCUGCAUUUUUAUUUUAUUGCUUAUUUUAUUUUAAACCCUUGCUGCAGUGGAAUGGUUCCCUGCUAGUCACUUGUACAGCUAAUUACGAGUCAUCUAACAAUUUAAAGUAUACCAUGAAAGUCAUUUUUAAAACUUCUUUGGUAAUAUUAUUCUUAAGUAUUAUUACUUGUCAUUUUUAGGCUCAAUCUGGUUAGCUUUUAGGGAAAAAAUGUAAAACAAUUUUAUGUACGCGAAUAAAGCGCAUUUCCACACGAAA